UUACAAGGAUUCCAUGCGCACUGAGCCACUACCUGUCUAACAGGUGCUGUGCGGUCUAGCGUGUCAAAAGCCCGGACACCGCUCUCAUAUGGGGGACUGUCUGCGCAAAACUUGCCCCUGUCUGGAGACGCUAUGGGUCAGACUGUUUGGCGACAAAAAGAACACCGAAUGUAACACAGUUGAGGGGAUCUCGAACGAUGUCGCUGAUGACGAGUGUGUGGAAAUCUCGGGUAAUGGCAGGCAGUCAUUCACAAGGAACCCGGUGCACCGGGAUGCGCUCCAGCCGUCCCAGAACACGGAAAGCGCGAUCUAUAUGGCUUUGUGGAGAUUUGAGGCACGAGAUAAAGAUGAGUUGUCGUUCCAAGAGGGAGAUCAGUUCAACGUGAUCAGUCGAUCCGGAGACUGGUGGACUGCGUGUAAAAUAGACAGGAAUGGUCGCGUUUUGGCGAAGGGGAUUGUGCCAAAUAACUACCUGGCAAGGGGAGAAUCUGUCAACGCACAGCCAUGGUACUUUGGGAAGAUGAACCGGUUUGAAGCCCUGAGCCAAAUUCUUUCUCCAGAGAAUGGAGAGGGAUCCUUCCUCAUCCGAGUCAGUGAGAAAGGCAAGGUGGGCUACGUUCUCUCAGUCAAAGUCAGCAACCAAGCCAAGCACUUCAAGAUCUGUGAGGAGGAUGGUAGGUACUGGCUGGAACAGACCCAUUCCUUCAAAACCCUGAUAGACCUGGUGGAGUUCUACACCACACACUCCCUGGGAUCUGUGGCCCGCCUGGGGGAGGCCUGUACCAGGAAAGAGCCAGUGCCCCAGGACCUGUCUCACUCCACAGUGGAUGAGUGGGAGCUCCCCAAGGACGAGUUCACCCUGGGAGAGCAGCUGGGCAGCGGGUUCUUUGCUGACGUCCACCGGGGCAAGUGGAGGAACAGCAUCAACGUAGCCAUCAAGAUUCUCAAGAACGACUCGUUGAACGACCAUGAGUUCCAGAGUGAGGUGCAGAUCCUAAAGAAGCUGAGACACAGACACCUGAUCUCCCUGUUCGCCGUCUGCACCUCCUCAUCCCCCUACUACAUCAUCACUGAACUCAUGGAGAAGGGAAACCUGUUGCACUUCCUCAGAGGUUCAGAGGGUUCUCAGCUGGACCUGGUGUCUCUGGCGGACAUGGCAGCCCAGGUGGCUGAUGGGAUGGCGUAUCUGGAGCAGCAGAACAGUAUCCAUAGAGACCUGGCGGCCCGAAACGUCCUGGUGGGAGAGAACUACAUCUGCAAGGUGGCCGACUUUGGACUGGCCAGGAUCAUCAAGGAGCCCUUCUACGUGUCUGAGGACAAAAAAAUCCCCUUCAAAUGGAGUUCCCCGGAGGCCAUCAGCCACGGACGUUUCUCCAACAAGUCAGAUGUCUGGUCCUUUGGGGUUCUGCUCUACGAGAUGCUAACCUACGGUGGGAUUCCAUACCCGGGCUACAACAACAACGAGGUAUACCGUCAGAUCAUCGCUGGCUACAGGAUGCCAGCUCCAGCGAAAUGUCCAAACUUAUUCUACAAACUCAUGUUGGCCUGUUGGAGUGACAACCCUGCAGACAGACCAGACUUCAAGGAGCUCAGGCGUAAACUGGAGAACAUCAACCGCUAUGAACUGGAGCAAUGAGCCUCAUCAGGGUUUAGAAAUAACCCGUUUUUUUUUUUUGCAUGGACAUUGCCAUUGA